AUGAAGCCAAAGCUGAAGUCGGGCGGCGCAUUGCGAUCUGAUGUGCCAGAAAAAAAAAACAUUUUGCCGAUUGAAAUGGGAUCACAGCCGCCGGGUAAAGAAAGUGAAAAAUGUAUUUCUGUGGGGAAGUUGGUGGAAACUGAGAGAACAUUUAGCGAUACAAAUUACUGCCGAAAGCGAAGAAGUCAGAAACCUGAAUUGACAAGUCUUUGGUUUGCUUUUUUCUACAGUCAUAUGCGAAGUUUCUCGUUGGCGUGGAAUUUGGGCACAAAUAAAAAAACAUGA